GGGAGGGCUCUGCCUCCGCCACAGCCUCCGAAGGAAAGAAGCGAGGAAGGCACGAAGGGAGGACCUUUGAGCCUCCGCCGCGUCCGAAGUCCGUCCGUCCCGCACUUCCUCGGCUUGGCUCGUCCUGCCCUCCCGCAUGGCGGCCCCCUUCGCGGCCCCGGGGCCCAGGCUCCUCCUCCUCCUCCUCCUGCUGCUGCUGCUUCUGGGAGCAGGACCCUCCUCCUCCUCCUCCUCCUCCCCCCCUCCUCCCCGGUCUCCGUCGUGCGCGGGGCUGGGCUCGUGCUGCGCGGACUUCUGGCUGUCCUGCCCCGAGGCCUCGCCCUCCUCCGGGACCCUCCUCGGCGGGAAGGACUUCGCCCUCCGAAACCUCUCCCUCUCCGGAGUCGCCGCCGCCGCCGCCACCAUCCGGUGCCGGUUCGGGGGCACCGUGGUGACCGAGGGCUAUGUGGCGGCGGAUGGUGGGGUGCACUGUGUGUCUCCGCUGCUCUUCCGCCUGGGCCGACUCCCACUGGAGGUCUCCCCGGAUGGGGGCCGCUCCUUUCCCUGGAACUCCGCCUGGACCUCAGUCCACCACAACAAGGUGCCCACCUCGGAGAAGAGUGUCCUGGUGAACGAGACCCGCUGGCAGUACUACGGCACCCCCGGGACGGAGCCGGGCAACCUGACGAUCACCUGGCAGCCCCGCGACCUGGGCGCCUCCAUCCCGCGCGUCAACAUCGAGGUCUGGGGCUACACUGAGACAGGGAAGCCCUACUCCGCCAACUGGGCCGCCAAGUGGGAAUACCUCUACAGCCUCCAGAGAAACCACACCAAUUCGGGCACCUUCACCUUCCUGCCCGAACCCUCCGCACAACAUGGCCACUGGGAGCUGGGGGCCCUGCGCAUUUCCUCCAGCACCUCCCCCGAAGGCCAAAGCAACGUGGCCGCCAUCUGGAGCAAUGAGCACGCCAUGGCCUGGCACCUGGGAGGGGGCUUCCGGCAGGAUCCGGCUGCCUGGGCCACGGCCAAGUGUCACGAGUGGGACCGUCUGGAGAUGGCCCUCCCCAGCUUCCUGGAGGAGAUUGUGGACUGUCCCUGCACUCUGGCUCAGGCCCGGGCCGACACCGGCCGCUUCCACACAGACUACGGAUGCGACAUUGAGAAGGGGAGCGUAUGUACGUACCACCCGGGCGCCGUGCAUUGUGUGAGGGGCAUUCAGGCCAGCCCUCAGUAUGCGGCAGGCCAGCAGUGCUGCUAUGAUGCCACGGGGGUCCAAGUGCUCACUGGAGACUCCAUCGGGGGAAGCACGCCGGAUCGGGGCCACGACUGGGGGUCGCCUCCCUACCAAAAGCCCCCCCGGGUGCCCGGCUUCUCGCACUGGAUCUACGACGUCCUCAGCUUCUACUAUUGUUGCCUGUGGUCUCAGAACUGCCCCGUCUACUUCAAGCACCGGCCCUCCAGCGGAUGCCAGAAGUACCAGCCCCCCAGGGCAGCUUCGGCCUUUGGGGAUCCUCACUUCAUCACUUUUGACGGCCUGAAUUUCACAUUCAAAGGCCUUGGAGAGUACACUCUCUUGGAAUCUAGCCUGACCCUGCUGACGGUCCAAGGGAGAACCCGCCCAGCUAAGAGCCCAAAUGGGACGGAAGGAGCCGGGCCCAACGUGACGGGGCUCUGCGCCAUCGCCAUGCAGGAGAACGCCUCCGACGUGGUCGAGGUCCGCCUCCCGGAGGCUUCGGAGGAGCUGGAGGUCCUCUUGAACCAGAAGCCGCUCAACCUCUCUGAACAGACCUGGAUGGACCUGAAUGGGCUCUUCCUCUCGGUCUCCCCCGGGGGCGAAGGCCAAGGCCAAGGCGGCCUGGUGGUGACGGCCAUGUUCUCCUCGGGGGCCAGCGUGGUGGUGGGGGGCAGCCGGGCGCUGGCCGUGACGGUCCUGCUGCCGGAGGCCUUCACGGGGCGCACGCGGGGCCUCUUCGGGACCUUGAACGGGGACCCACGCGACGACCUGACCUUCCGCAACGGGACCGCCCUGGAUGCUGAUGCUGCAACCUCCCCGGAGCAGAUCCUGGCCUUUGGGGCCCACUGGUCAGUCCACAACGAGAGCGCACUCUUCGCCUACGACUCCGUAUCAUUGCGGGAGGAUUUCCUGUGGGGCCCAAAGCACCACGCCUCCUUUGUGCCGGACGCCCCUCCCCAAGAGGACCUCGCCGACCCCUUUACCCAGGCUGUGGCCAUGCUCUGCCGCUCCGAUCCCUCCUGCCGCUUCGACGCCCUCGCCACCCGGGACUUGGCCACCGGCAAUGCCACCCGGCAGGCACACCUCACUUUCCAGCGCCUCCAGGACAGCCUCCGGCCAGUGGUCUCCUGCGGCUGGCUGCCCACCCCUGAGCACGGGGCCAAGGACGGGACCAACUACCUGGCCGGGGCCACCGUCCACUUCCGCUGCGAGCCAGGCUUCCACCUGGAGGGCCCCCCCACGAGGCUCUGCCAGCAGGACGGCGCCUGGACCGGAAGUGCCUCCCACUGCGCCUCCGCUGCAGGCUCCUCGGGGCCCCUUCCCUCCACCCUGUGGCUCCUGAGCCUGGCGCUCUGCCUGGGGGCCUCGGGCUAGACGGGGAGGAGAAGCAGAAGGCAGAAGGCCGACAGCAGAAGCCUCAGGUGCUUCAGGUGCGUGGGGUGCUAUGAAUGCAAUAAAGCCAAGGCAGGAGGCCUGUG